AUGAAGUUAGUAACAUCGAUAUUUCAAAAGCAUUCAUUGAUCCUUAUUCAAAAUUCUCUACGAUCUGUACAAAUGCGUUUAAUGGCAUCAGCAUCGUUAAAUCAAGCUGCUGAUAUGUAUAAUUACAAUGAAUAUAGUUAUUAUGAUAUAGAAUUGAGUAUGGAAAAAUAUCGUUUAAAACAACCAUCCGCAUUUGAUAAACUCAUUCCCGAUCCACCACCCCCCAAAAAAUAA